GCGGGGCCACAGACCACGCCCACUCCCUGCCUAUCGGAGCUGGAGUGAGCUGCUCCCGCCGGCUGGCGGGCUCAGAUCGUAAGCCGGAGCUGAGCGACGCGCCCACCAGGGGUCAUGGGUUCCAUGUUCCGGAGUGAAGAGGUGGCCUUGGUCCAACUCCUGCUGCCCACAGCAGCUGCCUACACCUGCGUGAGCCAGCUGGGCGAGCUGGGCCUCGUGGAGUUCAGAGAUCUCAACGCAUCUGUGAGUGCCUUCCAGAGGCGCUUCGUGGUGGACGUCCGGCGCUGUGAGGAGCUGGAGAAGACCUUCACCUUCUUGCAGGAGGAAGUACAGCGGGCCGGGCUGGCACUACCCCCAGCGGAGGGGCCACUGCCAGCACCACCUCCCCGAGAGCUGCUGCGCAUCCAGGAGGAGACCGACCGCCUGGCCCGGGAGCUUCGGGAUGUUCGAGGCAACCAGCAGGCGCUGCGGGCCCAGCUGCACCAGCUGCAGCUCCACUCAGCCGUGCUGGGCCAGAACCACAACCCCCCGAUGGCAGCUGACCACACUGAGGGACCCUCCUCUGAGAGAACACCCCUGCUUCCAGCCGCUCGGGGGCCACAUGCAGACCUGAAGGUCAACUUUGUGGCAGGUGCUGUGGAGCCCUACAAGGCUGCUGCCCUGGAGCGCCUGCUCUGGAGAGCCUGCCGCGGCUUCCUCAUUGCCAGCUUUAAGGAGACGGAGGGGCAGCUGGAGGACCCUGUGACGGGUGAGCCUGCAACUUGGAUGACCUUCAUCAUCUCCUACUGGGGUGAGCAGAUCGGUCAGAAGAUUAGAAAGAUCACAGACUGCUUCCACUGCCAUGUCUUCCCUUACCUGGAGCAAGAGGAAGCCCGGCAUGCGGCCUUGCAGCAGCUGCAGCAGCAGAGCCAGGAGCUUCAGGAGGUGCUGGGGGAAACGGAGCGAUUCCUGAGCCAGGUGUUGGGCCGGGUGCAGCGGCUGCUGCCGCCAGGGCAAGUGCAGAUCCGCAAGAUGAAGGCCGUGUACUUGGCCCUCAACCAGUGCAGUGUGAGCACCACACACAAGUGCCUCAUUGCAGAGGUCUGGUGUGCCACGCGGGACCUGCCCACCCUCCAGCAGGCGCUGCAGGAUGGCUCAAGUGAAGCAGGAGUGAGUGCUGUUGCUCAUCGAAUACCCUGCCGAGACAUGCCUCCAACCCUCAUCCGGACCAACCGCUUCACCGCCAGCUUCCAGGGCAUUGUGGAUGCCUAUGGUGUGGGCCGCUACCGAGAAGUCAACCCUGCUCCCUAUACCAUCAUUACCUUCCCCUUUCUCUUCGCCGUGAUGUUUGGUGACGUGGGUCACGGACUGCUCAUGUUUCUCUUUGCCCUGGCCAUGGUCCUCACUGAGAACCGGCCAGCCGUGAAAGCCGCACAAAAUGAGAUCUGGCAGACCUUCUUUGGGGGUCGCUACUUACUCCUGCUCAUGGGUCUGUUCUCCGUCUACACCGGCUUCAUCUACAAUGAAUGCUUCAGCCGUGCCACAGCCAUUUUCCCCUCGGGUUGGAGUGUGGCCGCCAUGGCCAACCAAUCAGGCUGGAGUGACAAGUAUCUGUCCCAGCACCCCAUGCUCACCCUGAACCCCAACAUCACUGGUGUCUUCCUGGGACCUUAUCCCUUUGGCAUUGACCCGAUCUGGAGCCUGGCCACCAACCACCUGAGCUUCCUCAACUCCUUCAAGAUGAAGAUGUCUGUCAUCCUUGGGGUCACCCACAUGGCCUUUGGGGUAUUCCUCAGCAUCUUCAACCACAUGCACUUUGGCCAGGCACACCGGCUCCUGCUAGAGACCCUUCCUGAGCUCGUCUUCCUGCUGGGCCUCUUUGGCUACCUCGUGUUCCUCAUCGUCUACAAGUGGCUUCGGGAGUCAGCUGCCAGCGCCUCCACGGCUCCCAGCAUCCUCAUCCACUUUAUCAAUAUGUUCCUCUUUGCCCAAAGCCCCACCAAUCAGCCGCUCUUCCAUGGGCAGGAAGUGGUACAGUAUGCGCUGGUGGUCCUGGCUUUGGCCACAGUUCCUGUCCUGCUGCUGGGCACACCCUUGUACCUGCUGCGGCAACACCGUCGCAGAAAUAUUCAGAGGCGGCCAGUGGGCCGACAGGACAAGGACAGUGACAAGCUUCUGGCCUCUUCUGAUGCUUCCACUUCGGAGAAUGGCUGGAGCCCUGAUGAAGAGAAGGCUGGAAUCCCAGGGGAUGAUGAGGAAGCUGAGUUUGUCCCCUCGGAGGUCUUCAUGCACCAGGCCAUCCACACCAUUGAGUUCUGCCUGGGCUGCAUCUCCAACACAGCCUCCUACUUGCGUCUCUGGGCCCUGAGCCUAGCCCAUGCCCAGCUCUCUGAGGUCCUGUGGGCCAUGGUGAUGCGCAUAGGCCUGGGCAUGGGCCGAGAGAUGGGUGUGGCAGCUGUGGUGCUGGUCCCUGUGUUCGCUGCCUUUGCUGUCAUGACUGUGGCCAUCUUGCUAGUGAUGGAGGGGCUCUCGGCCUUCCUGCAUGCCUUGCGGUUGCACUGGGUGGAGUUCCAGAACAAGUUCUACUCGGGUACCGGCUACAAGCUCAGCCCCUUCACCUUCGCUGUUGACAAUGAGUAGCAUCCAUUGUGAUCCUCGCCUCCCCAAAUCGGGAAAGGAAUAAAGAACUGGCUGGCCCAGGAA